AUGUUCAACACCAAAAGGUCAACCGUUCCCACCAGUGAAGAGGACGCGGAAAUGCUUGAACUCGGCUUCAGAACCGACGAACAGCUUAAGAAUCUCAAGAAUUCAAACCGUACACUGAAGAUUGCAGUUUCAGUGUUAGGCUUGCUGGUGACAGUUCUAUGCGCAGAGUUCGCAGCUGUUAUCCACCGGUUUAGCGUCGUCGAGUACCUCACUGAACACGUUCUAAUAAAACAACCAACAGAAUACAAUGUGGAGGUUCUCACACGAAACGUGCAGGUGGUUCCAGUCCACUCACACAACGACGAGAUGAGAUACGUGCCUUUCUUCGAUGCGUAUACGAAGGGCUGCAACUCCAUAGAGGCAGAUACCUGGUAUCUACCAGAGCAUCCUGACACAUUACUGGUUGGGCACAACAAGGGAUAUUUGAGGAAAGAUAACACGCUGGAUAACCUUUAUUUGGACCAUCUGUGGCAUUCGCUCAUAGAUGCCAACUCCGAGUCUGAGGAUGACAAGAUCAACGGCAUCUUCUACAAUAGUCCAGAAGCAACCACAUAUUUCUACAUAGACGUGAAGUCUGAUGGAAUAAAGACCUUGGAAUUGUUGGAGGAAAAACUCAAGGAAUUUCUUGAUCGCGAUUUCCUCACAACGUUCAACCAGACCAGUGGAGAGUUCAUCGAGGGUCCUCUGACGGUGGUGAUCACGGGUGCUUAUCCAUACGACUAUAUUGUCUCCAAGGACUUCAGAUACAUGUUCAUAGAUGCCCCACUUAAUCUCCUGGAGGAUGAAGCAGAUCUGUAUCCUGCCCGCAACGUGUCCAUUUUUGCAUCGUGCUCUCUGGAACAGAUCACUGGACUGAAAAAUAAACCCUGGAACUAUGUCCACGGUAUCACCGAAGAUGACCUUGAGAAGGUCAGUAGCACCUUGGCACGUGCUCAUGAGAUCGGCUUGCAAACAAGAAUAUGGGAUACCCCAGCUUGGCCAUUGUAUGUUCGGAAUGGCGUUUGGAGGCAAUUAAUUGAGUCUGGAGCAGAUUACUUGAACGUGGAUGACUUGAAGGCUGCCACCGGUGAGUUAUGGUGA